CAGACAGAUGAUAUGACUGUGCUAGAAUAUGCCAACAAAUUUACUAAGCUGGGCCGGUUCUGCCCUCAGAUGAUAGAGAUUGAGAGAAGCAAGGCUAAUAGAUUUGAGCAAGGCUUGAGGGAUGAAAUUCGAUCCCGGUUGUCAGUUCUGAUUUUUACCAGCUACGGAGAGGCCCUGGAGAGAGCACUGAAGGUAGAAGCAGAUCAGAAGAAAUCAGAGAAGGAAAGAGGUGAGCAGAAAAGGGCCGAGACAUCAAGGAAUCUAAUGAACCGACCAAGAAACUUUGAAGGCCCUCCUAACAAGAAGAAGAAAUUUAAGGCUUGUUAUUACUGUGACAAAAUGCAUUCUGGUCCUUGCUUGAAGAGGAUGGGAGCCUGUUUUAUAUGUGGGCAGCCAGGACACAUAGCCAGAGAUUGCCCGAACAAAAAGAAAGUUGAAUCUGGACCUUCUAGACCAACUGAUCAGAUGCAGAGAGGAGCUGCACGGGUGUACGCACUGACACAACAGGAUGCUAGUGCCAGUGACAGAGUUGUGGCAGAUGAUUAAGACCACUAGGAGCAGGGAGCUUGAUGUUAUUCAGGGUUGGGGUAAUUGAAAAUGUUAUGUAAUAAUCAGAUUUUAGAAGCUCUGUACUGUUCCAACUUCAUGAACAAUGUUAUGAUAUUAGUAAAUGAAACUAUUUAUUUUUAUUAUGAAA